AUGUAUUGUCUACCUCUCCUCAUUCUCUUUAUCCCUCACUCAUUCCUCACUGUCUCUGUCUCAUGUGUGUCUACCUCUCCUCAUUCUCUUUAUCCCUCACUCAAUCACUCCUGUCUCUGUCUCAUGUGUUGUCUACCUCUCACUCAUUCUCUUUAUCCCUCUAUCAAUGACUCCUGUCUCUACCCUCAUAUAUUGUCUACAUUUCAUUCUCUAUUUCUCACUCAUUCUCUUCCCCACUUCCAUUCUCUGUCUCUGUCUCAUGUAUUGUCUACCUCUCACUCAUUCUCUUUAUCCCUCCUCCAAUCACUCACUGUCUCUGCCUCAUGUAAUGUCUACCUCUCCUCAUUCUCUUUGUGCCUCACUAAAUCUUUCAUUGUCUCUGCCUCGUGUAUUGUCUGCCUCUCCUCAUUCUCUUUAUCCUUCUCAUUUUCACUCACUGUCUCUGCCUCAUUCAUUGUCUACCUCUCACUCAUUCUCUUUAUCCCUCCUCAUUCCUCACUGUCUCUGCCUCAUGCAUUGUCUACCUCUCCUCAUUCUCUUUAUCCUCCUCCAAUCACUCCUGUCUCUGCCUCAUGUAUUGUCUACUUCUCACUCAUUCUCUUUAUCCCUCACUCAUUCCUCACUGUCUCUGUCUCAUGUGUUGUCUACCUCUCACUCAUUCUCUUUAUCCCUCACUCAAUCACUCUGUCUCUGCCUCAUGUAAUGUCUGCCUCUCACUCAUUCUCUUUAUCCCUCCUCAAUCACUCCUGUCUCUGCCUCAUGUGUUGUCUCUCACUCAUUCUCUUUGUCCCACUCAAUGACUCACUGUCUCUGCCUCAUGUAUUGUCUACCCUCUCCUCAUUCUCUCUAUCCCUCCCUCAAUCCUCCCACUGUCUCUGCCUCACUAUUGCCAAUCACUCAUUAUCUUUAUCCCUCUCAAUCCUCACCGUCUCUGCCUCGUGUUGUCUACCUCUCACUCAUUCUCUUUAUCCACUCACUCAAUCCUCCCUGUCUCUGCCUCAUGUGUCUCUAUUUCUCUUUACCUCAAUCACUCACUGUCUCUGCCUCGUGUAUUGUCUACCUCUCAUUCUCUUUAUCCCUCAAUCCUCCUCCACUGUCUCUGCCUCAUGUAUUUGUCUACCUCUCCUCAUUCUCUUUAUCCCUCCUCAAUCACUCUGUCUCUGCCUCAUGUAUUGUCUACCUCUCUCAUUCUUUAUCCCUCCUCCAUUCACUCACUGUCUCUGUCUCAUGUAUUGUCUACCUUUCACUCAUUCUCUUUAUCCCUCACUCAAUCACUCAAUGUCUCUGCCUCAUGCAUUGUCUACUUCACACUCAUUCUCUUUAUCACACACUCAAUCACUCAAUGUCUCUGCCUCAUGCAUUGUCUACCUCUCACUCAUUUUCUUUAUCCCUCACUCAUUCACUCACUGUCUCUGUCUCUGUCUCAUUUAUUGUCUACCUCUCACUCAUUCUCUUUAUCUCUCACUCAUUCACUCACUGUCUCUGUCUCUGUCUCAUGUUUUGUCUAUUUCUCCUCAUUCUCUUUUAUCCCUCACUCAAUCCUCUGUCUCUGCCUCAUGCAUUUGUCUACCUCUCACUCCAUUCUCUUUAUCCCUCACUCAAUCCUCCUGUCUCUGCCUCGUGUGUGUCUACCUCUCCACUCAUUCCAAUCCUUCACUCAUUCCUCACUGUCUCUGCCUCAUUCAUUUGUCUACCUCUAACUCAUUCUCUUUAUCCCUCCCUCAAUCACUCACUGUCUCUGCCUCAUGCAUUGUCUACCUCUCCUCAUUCUCUUUCCCCUCACUCAAUCACUCACUGUCUCUGCCUCAUGCAUUGUCUACUUCUCCUCAUUCUCUUUAUCCACACUCAAUCACUCCUGUCUCUGUCUCAUGUAUUGUCUACCUCUCUCAUUCUCUUUAUCCCUCACUCAAUCACUCCUGUCUGCCUCAUGUAUUGUCUGCCCUCUCAUUCUCUUUAUCCCUCACUCAAUCCUCAAUGUCUCUGCCUCAUGUGUUGUCUACCUCUCCUCAUUCUCUUUAUCCCUCCUCAAUCACUCACUGUCUCUGUCUCAUGUGUUGUCUACCUCAUUCUCUUUAUCCCUCCUCCAAUCACUCACUGUCUCUGCCUCAUGUAUUGUCUACCUUUCCUCAUUCUCUUUUAUCCCACACUCAAUCCUCACUGUCUCUCUGCCUCAUGCAUUGUCUACUUCUCACUUAUUCUCUUUAUCCCUCCUCUCAAUCACUCACUGUCUCUGUCUCAUGUAUUGUCUACCUUUCACUCAUUCUCUUUAUCCCACCUCAAUCACUCCUGUCUCUGCCUCAUGUAUUGUCUACCUCUCACCCCCCAUUCUCUUUAUCCCCUCAUUCAAUCACUGUCUCUGUCUCUGUCUCAUUUUGUCUACCUCUCUCCUCAUUCUCUUUAUCCUUCACUCAUUCCUCCUGUCUCUGCUCUGCCUCAUUGUCUACCUCUCCUCAUUUCUUUUAUCCCUCCUCAAUCUCACUGUCUCUGCCUCAUGUAUUGUCUACCUCUCACUCAUUCUCUUUAUCCCUCCCUCAAUCCUCACUGUCUCUGCCUCAUGUAUUGUCUACCUCACUCAUUCUCUUUAUCCCCACACUCAAUCCUCACUGUCUCUGCCUCGUGUAUUGUCUACCUCUCACUCAUUUCUUUAUCCUCACUCCUUCACUCCUGUCUCUGCCUCUCUUGUCAUUUGUCUACCUCUCCUCAUUCUCUUUAUCCCUCACUCAAUCUCACUCACUGUCUCUGCCUCAUGUUGUCUACCUCUCCUCAUUCUCUCUUUAUCCUCACUCAAUCACUCACUGUCUCUGCCUCAUGUAUUGUCUACCUCUCUCAUUCUCUUUAUCCCCUCACUCAAUCACUCAAUGUCUCUGCCUCAUGUUGUCUCCACCUCUCACUCAUUCUCAUCCCUCACUCAAUCACUCACUGUCUCUGUCUCUGCCUCUCAUGUUGUCUACUACUCUCAUUCUCUUUAUCCCUCUUUUCACUGUCUCCCUCAUGUGUUGUCUACCUCUCACUCAUUUCUUUAUCCCCCACUCAAUCACUCACUGUCUCUGCCUCAUGCAUUGUCUACUUCUCACUCAUUCUCUUUAUCCCUCACUCAAUCACUCUGUCUCUGCCUCAUGUAUUGUCUACCUCUCCUCAUUCUCUUUGUCCCUCACUCAAUCUCCUGUCUCUGCCUCAUGUAUUGUCUACCUCUCAUUCUCUCUUUAUCCCUCACUCAAUCCUCCUGUCUCUGCCUCAUGUAUUGUCUACCUCUCAUUUCUUUAUCCCUCACUCAAUCACUCACUUCUCUCCUCAUGUCUGUCUCUGUCAUUCAUUUAUCCCCACUUAAUCACUCACUGUCCUCCUCUAUUUCUACCUCCUCUCUUUAUCCCUCACUCAAUCACUCACUGUCUCUGCCUCAUGCAUUGUCUACCUCUCAUCUCAUUCUCUCUUUAUCCCUCACUCAAUCACUGUCUCUGUCUCAUGUGUUGUCUGUCUCUCAUUCUCUGUGUCACUCAUCACCGUCUCUGUCUCUGUCUACCUCUCACUCAUUUCUUUAUCUCUCACUCAUUCACUCACUGUCUCUGUCUCUGUCUCAUGUUUUGUCUACCUCUCAUUCAUUCUCUUUAUCCCUCACUCAUUCACUCACUGUCUCUGUCUCUGUCUCAUGUAUUGUCUACCUCUCACUCAUUCUCUUUAUCCCUCCACUCAAUCUCUCAUGUAUUGUCUCUGCCUCAUGCAUUGUCUACCUCUCUCCCUCAUUCUCUUUAUCCCUCCUCAAUCACUCCUGUCUCUGCCUCAUCCAUUGUCACUAAUCACCACCUCUCCCUCAUUCUCUUUAUCCCCUCCUCAAUCACUCACUGUCUCUGCCUCAUGUGUCUACCUACCUCUCAUUCUCUUUCUCCCUCCCUCAAUCAUUCUUAUCCCUGUCUCUGCCUCAUGUAUUGUCUACCAUCUCAUUCUCUUUAUCCCUCCUCAAUCACUCACUGUCUCUGCCUCAUGUAUUGUCUACCUCUCCUCAUUCUCUUUAUCCUCAAUCCUCACUGUCUCUGCCUCAUGUAUUGUCUACAUCCUCUCAUUCUCUUUAUCCCUCACUCAAUCCCUCCAAUGUCACUGUCUCUGUAUUGUCUCAUCUCAUUCUGUUUAUCCCUCUCACUCAUUCUCAUGUUUAUCCUUCCAUUCUCUUUAUCCUCACUAAUCACUGUCUCUGCCUCAUGCAUUGUCUACCUCUCACUCAUUCUCUUUAUCCCUCACUCAAUCACUCACUGUCUCUGCCUCAUGUAUUGUCUACCUCUCACUCAUUCUCUUUAUCCCUCACUCAAUCACUCACUGUCUCUGCCUCAUGUAUUGUCUACCUCUCACUCAUUCUCUUUAUCCCUCACUCAAUCACUCACUGUCUCUGCCUCAUGUAUUGUCUACCUCUCAUUCUCUUUAUCCCUCACUCAAUCACUCACUGUCUCUGCCUCAUGCCUCAUUGUCUACCUCUCAUUCUCUUUAUCCCCUCACUCAUUCACUCACUGUCUCUGUCUCAUGUAUUUGUCUACCUCACUCAUUCUCUUUAUCUCCACUCACUGUCUCUGCCUCAUUUGUCUAUCAUUCUCUUUAUCCCCCAUUCAAUCACUCUCUGUCUCUGCCUCAUGUAUUGUCUACCUCUCACUCAUUCUCUUUAUCCCUCACUCAAUCACUCACUGUCUCUGCCUCAUGUCUCUACUUCUCAUUCUCAUUCUCUUUUAUCUCUCUCAAUCACUCUUUCUGUCUCUGUCUCUUUAUUGUCUACCUCUCACUCAUUCUCUUUAUCCCUCACUCAUUCACUCACUGUCUCUGCCUCAUGUAUUGUCUACCUCUCCUCAUUCUCUUUAUCCUCCACUCAAUCACUCACUGUCUCUGCCUCAUGUAUUUGUCUACCUCCUCUCAUUCUCUUUAUCCCUCACUCAAUCCUCCUGUCUCUGUCUCAUGUAUUGUCUACCUUUCCUCAUUCUCUUUAUCCCUCCUCAAUCCUCAAUGUCUCUGCCUCAUGCAUUGUCUACCUCACUCAUUCUCUUUAUCACACACUCAAUCACUCCUGUCUCUGCCUCAUGCAUUGUCUACCUCUCACUCAUUUCUUUAUCCUCCUCAUUCACUCACUGUCUCUGUCUCUGUCUCAUUUUGUCUACCUCUCAUGUAUUGUCUACAUUCUCUCUUUAUCCCUCACUCAUUCACUCACUGUCUCUGUCUGAAUUGUCUCCUCUGUCUCUAUUUCCCUUUAUUGUCCUGCAUUUUGUCUCACUCCAUUCUCUUUAUCCCUCACUCAAUCACUCACUGUCUCUGCCUCAUGUAUUGUCUACGUUUCACUCAUUCUCUUUAUCCUCACUCAAUCACUCACUGUCUCUGCCUCAUCAUUGUCUAUUUCUCUCUCAUUCUCUUUAUCCCUCUCAAUCCUCACUGUCUCUCUGUUGUAUUGUCUACCUUUCACUCAUUCUCUUUAUCCCUCACUCAAUCACUCACUGUCUCUCAUGUGUUGUCUACCUCUCCUCCAUUCUCUUUAUCCCUCACUCAAUCACUCCUGUCUCUCUGUCUCUGUCUCAUUUAUUGUCUACCUCUCCUCAUUCUCUUUAUCCCUCACUCAAUCACUCACUGUCUCUGCCUCAUGUAUUGUCUACCUCUCACUCAUUCUCUUUAUCCCUCACUCAAUCCUCACUGUCUCUGCCUCAUGUCAUGUAUUGUCUACCUCUCACUCAUUCUCUUUCAAUCCUGUAUCUGCCCCUCAAUCACUCCUCCAUCUCUCUCUCUCAUGUAUUGUCUCCUCACUCAUUCUCUUUAUCCCACACUCAAUCACUCAAUGUCUCUGCCUCAUGUAUUGUCUACCUCUCACUCAUUUUUCUUUAUCCCUCACUCAUUCCUCACAUCUGUCUCUGUCUCAUCUUUUAUUGUCUACCUCUCACUCAUUCUCUUUAUCUCCACUCAUUCACUCCCCUGUCUCACUGUCUCUGUCCUCAUGUUUUGUCUACCUCUCACUCAUUCUCUUUAUCCCUCACUCAUUCACUCCACUGUCUCUGCCUCAAUGUCAUUGUCUAUCCUCUCCUCAUUCUCUUUAUCCCUCACUCAAUCACUCACUGUCUCUGCCUCAUGUAUUGUCUACCUCUCACUCAUUCUCUUUAUCCCCUCACUCCAAUCACUCACUGUCUCUGCCUCAUGUAUUGUCUCUCAUUUCACUCAUUUCUCUUUAUCCCUCACUCAAUCACUCACUGUCUCUGCCUCAUGUAUUGUCUACCUCUCUCAUUCUCUUUAUCCCUCACUCAAUCACUCCACUGUCUCUGUCUCAUGUAUUGUCUACCUCUCCUCAUUCUCUUUAUCCCUCUCUUUUAUCAAUCACUCACUGUCUCUGCCUCAUGUAUUGUCUACCUCUCACUCAUUCUCUUUAUCCCUCACUCCAAUCACUCACUGUCUCUGCCUCAUGUAUUUGUCUACCUCUCUCAUUCUCUUUAUCCUCACUCAAUCACUCACUGUCUCUGCCUCAUGUAUUGUCUAUCCCUCUCAACUCAUUCUGUCCCUCACUCAAUCACUCACUGUCUCUGCCUCAUGCAUUGUCUACUUCUCACUCAUUCUCUUUAUCCCUCACUCAAUCACUGUCUGUCUCUGCCUCAUGUAUUGUCUACCUCUCUCAUUCUCUUUAUCCCUUACUCAAUCACUCACUGUCUCUGCCUCAUGUAUUGUCUACUCUCUCAUUCUCUUUAUCCCUCACUCAAUCCUCACUGUCUCUGUCUCUGUCUCAUGUUUUGUCUACCUCUCUCAUUUCUCUUUAUCCCUCACUCAAUCCUCCUGUCUCUCUGUCUCUGUCUCAUUUAUUGUCUACCUCUCACUCAUUCUCUUUAUCUCUCACUCAUUCACUCACUGUCUCUGUCUCUGUCUCAUGUUUUGUCUACCUCUCACUCAUUCUCUUUAUCCCUCACUCAUUCACUCACUGUCUCUGCCUCAUGCAUUGUCUACUUCUCACUCAUUCUCUUUAUCCCUCACUCAAUCACUCACUGUCUCUGCUUCAUGCAUUGUCUACCUCUCACUCAUUCUCUUUAUCCCACACUCAAUCACUCACUGUCUCUGCCUCAUGCAUUGUCUACCUCUCACUCAUUCUCUUUAUCCCUCACUCAAUCACUACCUGUCUCUGCCUCGUGUAUUUUCUACCUCUCACUCAUUCUCUUUAUCCCUCACUCAAUCACUCACUGUCUCUGCCUCAUGUAUUGUCUACCUCUCACUCAUUCUCUUUAUCCCUCACUCAAUCACUCACUGUCUCUGCCUCAUGUAUUGUCUACCUCUCACUCAUUCUCUUUAUCCCUCACUCAAUCACUCACUGUCUCUGCCUCAUGCAUUGUCUACUUCUCACUCAUUCUCUUUAUCCCACACUCAAUCACUCACUGUCUCUGCCUCACGUAUUGUCUACCUCUCACUCAUUCUCUUUAUCCCUCACUCAAUCACUCACUGUCUCUGCCUCAUGUAUUGUCUACCUCUCACUCAUUCUCUUUAUCCCUCACUCAUUCACUCACUGUCUCUGCCUCAUGCAUUGUCUACUUCUCACUCAUUCUCUUUAUCCCUCACUCAAUCACUCACUGUCUCUGUCUCAUGUAUUGUCUACCUCUCACUCAUUCUCUUUAUCCCUCACUCAAUCACCCAAUGUCUCUUCCUCAUGCAUUGUCUACUUCUCACUCAUUCUCUUUAUCCCACACUCAAUCACUCACUGUCUCUGCCUCGUGUAUUGUCUACCUCUCACUCAUUCUCUUUAUCCCUCACUCAAUCACUCACUGUCUCUGCCUCAUGUAUUGUCUACCUCUCACUCAUUCUCUUUAUCCCUCACUCAAUCACUCACUGUCUCUGCCUCAUGUAUUGUCUAUCUCUCACUCAUUCUCUUUAUCCCUCACUCAAUCACUCACUGACUCUGCCUCAUGUAUUGUCUACCUCUCACUCAUUCUCUUUAUCCCUCACUGUCUCUGCCUCAUGUAUUGUCUACCUCUCACUCAUUCUCUUUAUCCCUCACGCAAUCACUCACUGUCUCUGUUUCAUGUAUUGUCUACCUCUCACUCAUUCUUUUUCUCACUCUCUAGCUCACUGUCUCUCUCUUUCAAUUAUUUUCUAACUCUCACUCAUUAUCUGUCGCUCACUGACUGA